UGAUGCUGUCGGUAAAAGCGAAGCCAUUCGACUCCGGCUCCCAUGGCUCAACAACCGCAACAACGUGAUACGUAGUCUUGCAUGGCGGCGUCGGAAGCAUGCGCGACGAUCGGGUCGCUGCCCAGCUACAACGAGGCGCCAGCAGCCUCUGUGGACACGCCGGCCGUGGCCGUGACGACGCGCUGGGAGGGCUACCUCCAGAAGCGGUCUGACUGGCUCAAGCAGUGGGAAGCCUACUACUUUGUGCUGCACGGCUGCGCGCUCUACUGCUACCUCUCGGCGGACGAGGCGAAGCGGCAGCCCGAGAACUCCAAGAUCAAGCACGGCGCCUUCUCGUUCACGUCGCACGUCAUUCUGCAGCAUGUCGUCUCGAUCCACGGCCAUGGUGCGUUCGACUUUAUCUUUGAAACUUCGAGUGGCAAGCCCGUCUUUCUCCGCGCCAAGACGCAGGCCAUGAAGACACUGUGGAUGGCGAUGGCGGCGCAGGGCAUCCACGACACGCGCAUUGACAGCCGCGGCCGCGUCGGGCUCGUCGAUACGACCAUCCGACCGGCCACGCUCGACGACGCCUACGCCGCCUUGGCGUACGUGCAGUCGUCGCUGAGUGCGCUCGAAGACGAAGCGCGUGAGAAGGUCCUCGAGCUCAAGGUCGCACCGCGCCAGAUCGUGCGGCCGCCGACCUUGAUCGCACUCGCGGUGGCCGCGCCGUCCAUCGACCGACCGGUCAUGCGUCUCGUCUCCAUGUGCCAUCGCAGCCUCGCGCUGCGCACCAACUACCGCGUCGUCGUGCCAUUCCAAGGCGCAUACUCGGGGCACCACGGCCUCCUCGAGUUCCUCACCAAGCUCACAAAGGCGGCCAAGCUCCUUACAUUCGCCGUCCACAGCCUCGAGGUCGUCGAGUCGUCGUCCAAGCAGAUCGUUGUCGUCGCCAAAGGCCACGAAAGCAUGCAAGUGCGUGCGACCGGGAAGGUCCUCCGACAAGACUUUGUGCACAAGCUCUACAUGCUCCCGAACGACGGACGCAUCUUGCGGUGGGAAGUCCAUGGCGAUACGGACGCAUCAGCCCUCGCGUUCAAGGGCCUCGGGUCGUCCGGGCAGCAUCCCAUCCAGCGUGACUCGCUCUCGACCAUCAAGCUCGACCAUCUGCCGUCGUUCGAGACGCGGCCGUCGUGGCAGCCACCGCACGACGCUUUGAGCCCCGACGACGUUGCCCACAUGCCGACGCCGCAAGCACGGCCUUCGACCACGCGGCGGUCGCCACCACCCCGACGCCGGUCCCCGCCGCCCGCGCCCGUCCGGCUCUGCUCGCCCACGGCCGGGAACAUGCCGCCGUCGCCGCACCACGUUCCGCCGUCACUGCACUACGUUCCGCCGUCGCCCUUGCGCGGCUCCGAGGCAGGUCCUACUAUCACAAGCAACUCGCCGUUGGAAGUGCCGCUCAACUUUAAGCGGGGCCAUGCGUGGCCCGACCCGCCGUCCCUUCUGCACGACCACGACCGGCGCGCGGCGAUCGCGACCGAGCUCGACCUCUGCCGGCGCCGCGACGACCUCGAUUUGUACGCGACGCUCGCGUGCAAGUCGCUGCGCUGCGCCAUGGGCACUGUGUGCAUCUUUGGCGCGCACGCCGGGUACUUUGUCGCCAAGCACGGCGUCGAGCGCGACAUGCUGCCGUGGGACGUGCUCUUGGAAGCGCACGUGAGCCGCGACCGCCCGCUCAUCGUCCUCGACGCGCGCAGUGACGUGCGGUUUGCGGCCAACCCGAUCGUGGCGGACCGCAGCGUCCAGUUCUUCGUGGGCGUCCCGCUCGUCUCGUCCGAGCACGUGCAACUGGGCGUGCUCUCGGUGCUCGACCAUGCGCCGCGCAAUGGCCUCCGCGACGCCGACGUGACAGCGCUCAUCCAGAUUGCGCAGACCAUCAUGAACCGCGUCGAAGAUGCAUCCGCGACUAGCGAUCUGCGGCAGUCGGCACCUGCAUACUCGGUGCGCCCCAAGAAACAGCCCGUUCGGCGGUCGUACCAGCAGCAAAAGGCUAUCGACCUCGACAUUGAUUAGCGUCGUAACAAGAUGGAAGCGCAUGGUGGUACUGCGUUGAUGGCUUCGACCAAGCUUCUACAUACCCGAGAGAGACUGGCGCAUGGAAGCGACUUGGCGUGCAGGGCCUUGACGG